GCCAAGCUGGGCCUCGCCCCAGGGUGCGCAGCGCCUUCGCAGCAGCCUGCGAGCUGGGCGACCUUGAGGAGGUGCGUCGCCUCCUUGGCCUUCGCCCGGCCCUGGCGGAACAAGCAGACGAACUUGGCGUUACUCCUCUGAUGUUUGCAGCUUCAGGAGGCUCGCCGGGCACGUGCGAGGUUUUGCUUGAGGCGAAGGCCAUGUUGGAGACACGCAAUCCUCUUGGCUGGACCGCCCUAACUUGGGCCGCGCUCCGGGCGCGUAAAGAG